AUGUCCUCAACAUGCAAGUAUGAACAAGUGUGCCUAUGUGGUAAAGAUUUACAUCAACCUAGUGAAUGCAUCGAACCAUUUAAGUGUGUUAACUGUGGGAAUGACCACUUGUCUAAUUCAAAGAACUGUCCGAAAAUGAAGGAAGAAGUCAGCAUACAGAAUAUUAGAACAACAGACAAAAUUUCCUAUAUUGAAGCUAAAAGAAAGUAUUACGCCGCAAUGCCUGCUAAUACAACGUAUGCCCAAGUAACAGCCUCUGGGUCAGACAAUACUACGGCUAAGAAAUUCAUUCAGGAGCUCAUCCCAGAUAUUGCUCAGAUUAUAGACCAACAGGUCAAAAAAGCAAUAGAUGAGGUAAUUAAGACCAGUUUAUCAAUAUACCUGCCGUCUACCUCAUCAGAAAGAAGGCCUAUGCGACGGGAUCAGUAUGACCUCGAUGCAGCCUCAAUUGUCUCUGAUACUCCAUCACAACUUUCAGAUAAAAGAAAAAGGACACAAUAUAUUCGGACUGAAGAGCUAGUCUGCCUUACCGAUACUUCUGAAUCACAACUAGAUGAUGAGCUGAGUCAAACUAAAAGGAAAAAGGGUUGGCCAAAGGGUGUACCACUUCGGCUAGAAGAUGCUAAAGAAGCUAUGAAGGAAAAUGUCCUCCACUCAUGGCAGGAAGAAUGGAACCUCUCGAAUAAAUUUUUGAAAACGUUCAAGCCAAGCAUAAAAAAAUGGAGCCUUCCACAUAUGACACGUAGAGAACAAAAAUGUCCUAAUACCGAAAUGUGUACUUGUGGUCAACCCAAUCACCCAGGAGAGCCGUGCAAUGAACAUAAGAAAUGUAUCAACUGUGAAGGACAGCAUGCUGCUGAUUCUAGAGAAUGUCCGCGGAUGAAGGAAGAAGUUGCCAUCCAAAGAGUGAGGACGCUAGAAAAAAUUAGUUAUCUGGAGGCAAAAAGGAAACGUGAAGUUGCGUCAGAACUAUCUAUAAAUUUACCUGCUGAUCUCCGCAAUGCUGACGAUGAACCAGUGGCCCCAGUACCGGAGGCCAACAGGCCACCCGCUGCUUCUGAGCUGGAAUUCGAAAGGAUUCAUUUGCUUUAUGAUGGAGUGGACCCUAUGAUGGAACCUAGACUUUCCAAACUAAUUUAUAAUAACAAGACUAAACCUAUAUUGAGUGAAAUCAACAAAAUUCUGGAUUCCAAAAUAACAACUGAUAUACCCAUCGAAAAUCUACACAGCCUUAUUUAUAGUGGAGCAGCAACGGUGCUAACACUAAACAAGCAGAAAAUCUCCACGGACACACAAAUUAAAAAUGUCUCAGUCACGCCAGCAUGGCAGCGCCGAAUUACUAAUAAAAUCGAUAGUAUCAGGCGGGACAUAGGAAUUCUGACACAAAAUCAAAGCUUGAACCCCAGCAGCUCAGUCACUAAGAAAGCCAAGGCCAUUCUUGGAAGGGAGCAAAGACUCGAAAACCCAACAGCAACAGAAAUACUGGAUCACCUUAAGCAAAAGCUCAAGGCUAUGGCUAAAAAGCUCCGACGGUAUAAGGAAAGUAACACAAGACGUCAACACAAUAGUCAGUUUAGCAGGAGUGAAAGGAGCUUUUAUAAAAAUUUAGAGUCAGAAGAUCACGAGCCUCAAACCCUGAAAGAAAAUAAGGUCCCCACACCAGAGGCCACGAAAACGUUUUGGGAAUCAAUCUGGGGGAACCCUGUGAUUCACAACAAUACCAGAUGGCUGUUUGAUGAGAAGAGGUCUACAUCUAGCCUCCAGACUAUGUUGGAAUGGGAAGUAACAACCGACCAAGUAACCAAGGCUAUAAACAAGACCUCGAAUUGGAAGGCACCUGGACAGGAUAAAUACAAAAUUUUUGGUAUAAACAAUUCAAGGUCAGUCAUCAACAUCUAG